UAUCGGCGCAGGUCUUUAGCGUACGAUUUUGUGUUGAGAAGAGAAAAAACAGAAAAAAUUAUAAUUUUUUUAUAAUUUUCUUUUCAAUUUUUUUUUGUACAAAAAUUAACAAUAAAUACUUAGCAGAUGAAAAACAUUUAGAAUGUCACAUCAACCCACAACAACAGAUUUUGACAAAUUUACAACAUUUAAAAUAACAACAGGACAAACAGUGAAACGAACAUCCAAUGAAAGCCACGAUGAUGAAAGUAAAAAGCUGAAAUUGGAAAAGAGUGGGAGUGUUUUAACAAAUGUUGCAGGUGCUUCAAAUCCUGCCGCACAGCAGGCCACACAUAUAAUAACCAACAAUAAUGUUAUUGCGGCUGCCGCAGCAGAAAUGAAUAGUAAAAAACUAAAAUCAAGAAUGAAAUUAAACGAAACAAGUGCGUCGACGACAACAACAGCGCCAUCCUCAGCAGCAGCGGCUGGGUAUUCAUUAAUAGUAGAAGACGCCACAGCCACAACGACGGGCACCAUGAGUGAAGAAAGCUGUGAAUCCGGUGGAAAAACAUUUACGACCACAACAACGGGAGGUGAAGAACUAUUAUUUAUACGCAAACAUGUUACUAAUAAAAGUGAUACAUCAUCGGGAAAUUUAAAUAAUGAGGGCAGCGUGGAAGAGCGCAUUAUUCACAUAGAAGGUGACCCCAGUGGUAAUGCUGCCACUUCCUAUAUAACUGCCAUGAGCACGAAGCCACCUCCCAAGCGUUUACAAAUUGGAAUGGCGGAGGCAAAAAAGUCACUAGGGGACAGCAUUGACUUGAAGUUAAUUACCACCAGCGAAGGCCAAGGCGGAAAUAAGAUAUCCAUGGUGGGCGGCGAUAAAAAAACAGAACAAAUACUUAUCUCUGCUUCCAACACAACCAUAAAUCCUCAGAAUACUUUUACGUACAGUCGGGUAUGCUCCGUUAGCAAUGUGGCCGGUCAGACGGGAGAGUCUGUUAAUAUAAAGAAUCUACAAGGUGCGGUUAAGAAUCAAUCCUUAAUGGUUUCGUCCAAGAAGUUAAUGCCCGAGGUAACUCAAACGACUGCCAAAGUUUCCAUAGGCAAUACAACCAUAUCAGUGCCUUUAUUAAAGCCUUUAAGCUCCACCCAAGUCAUACAAACGGGUAGUGGUAAUUCCGGCCAAACUGGUUCUGUUGACGGUACAAAAAGUGUGAUACAUACCAUUCAAACAGGAGGCAAUACAACGUCACAGACUCACCUGAGUAAAAUAUUAAAUUUAAGAAGAGGCCAGAAAGUCUCUCAGCCGACGUAUGUGUCCUUUUCGAAACUGCAAAUUAAACCAGUAUCGACGGCCAAAAUUGUUCAAGCCAAAGUGAUGAGUAAAAAGAUACCACUGCAAAUACAGGCUGUGCAAACAAGUAAAUCUACAUUGCUGCAGCAAACAUCUGGAGUUGUUACGAUUACCUCUACUAAACCAGAUCCGCAUAACUUACAACAACAGCAACAGACAAUACAGGGACAUAUUUUACCUUCGCCCCAAAAGAAACAGCAGCUAAGUUUUGUCAAAGAAAUACCCGCUGGCGCCAUAAUAAAAACCACGUCUACCGCCAGUAUAGAAGAUUCCGCUUCUUCCGCGAAUGCGCCCAGCGGCUCUGCUAGUGAACAAGUUUCAACGAAACUUGCUGGUGAUUCAACGAUAAAAAUAUUGGAAAAGUCACCACAGCUGGUGAAGACAAAUACAGGAGGAGACACCAGCAGCAAUACGUCAAUCUUAGCCACUGAAUACUUGCCAGCCAGCGUAAAAGUUGUACACACAUCGGGUCCGCAGCAACAUAUAAAUGCUUCAAAUAUUCGCACCACAUUGGCCACACAAAUGGAAAAUCUAGAGCAGGGUAAUGCAGGUACACAACAGCCACAGCAGCAGCAGCAGCAGCAGAGAAUCAACAUCUGUCCGACAAUCAGUAUAGUCAGACAAAAUUCUCCUCAAUUGGUUACAACAUCGGGAAAUGUUUCAACUGUUUCCCUGAGCGUGGCGGAUGCCGUAAGUGGACAACAGAAACUUAUUUUAACCAAAUCACAAUUUGCCAAUGUCAGUGCCGCUAAUGUUGCUGCCUCCCUUGGCAAUACGAUGACUACAAAUUUUCCUCGUAACAUUUCCCUUAUGUUGCCCAAAAGUUCAGCCUCUCAACAAGUGUUCACCACUUCUGGUUCCAAAAAUACAUUGUGCGUUACAACAGCAGCUGGAACUAAUAAAAUUACUAGUGGAACACGUCUUAAUCUCAACAUACAGCCAAAUGUAGUUAACACAACAACGACAGUCUCAAGCGCUGCUAAUUCUCAAAAUGAUACUGAUACGUCUAUUGGGACUGCAACAACAACGGAUUCUGGCGGAGGUAACGAAUCGGGAAAAGUAAAUGUGCAACAGACACAAACUCAACAACAACAAACUGCCCAUAUAACGCAAAAUCGUAAAAUAAUUCAAGUUUUGCCAGGUUUGUACAGCAGUAGUGAUGGAAGUUAUGUAAAGAUUACAAAAACCAAACCGCCACAAGAAGAUGAAGAAAAGAAAAAGGCGGAUAUGUUGGAACAGCAUCAAAAGCAGCAGCUGCAACAGCAACCACAACAACAGCAGACACAGCAGAUUCAACAAACACAACAACAAACUCAACAUAUACAAUUACAAAUACAUCAGCAACAACAACAAACUGCACAACAACAACAGCAGCACCAAAAUCAUGUACCACAACAGCAGCAGCAGCAACAAAUUCAUAUGCAAAUACAACAACAGCAACAAAAUCAUCCACAACAAAUUCACAUACAACAGUUGCAAAACGCCCGUCAACAACAGUUGCAGCAACACCGACAACAGCUUUUGCAUAAACAACAAAUGCAACAGUUACAAAAACAACAACAGCAGCAGCAACUACAGCAACAGCUGUUAUUAAACCAACAACAAACGCAACAACAGUCGCAAUCUCAUGAUGUAAGCAACACCACAUCAACCACGGAAAAUCAUCCUACAGAAUCAAUAACAACAGGUGCAGCAGCAACAUCAUCCAAGUUUUCACUAAACCAAGCACACUCUUCCCAAUACAACCAUGCAAAUACAACAUCGGCCACAACACCUCAAACAAACUCAAAUAUUGACCCAACACCACCACAACAGAUUAUCAGCCUGCCAAAACCCGAGGAAAGCAAUAAUGUUCUACUCAAACAAUUGUUACAGAAUUCCAAUACAGCUCCCAGUAAUCAAAAUCAAAACAACAACAAUUCACGUUCUGGUGGAAGUGCAACUUCCACGGCUUCAACUAAUGUUUUACCAGCACGUAAAGUAAUCAAUGUUCGUGCACCGAGUUUGGGUUUGGUUAGUUCUCUGGAAGCCCAACUGGCUAGACCUGUCAUACCACCAGUACCUGCUAGUGAAUCUUCAACGACACCGGUAUCGGUUUCACAAACUCCUCCCACCAAUACAUCACAAUCGUUGAAACUAUUAAAUGACAGUAUGAAAGCGUCAAACCAACAAGGUGCCUCUCCCGUACCAACACCUCCGCACUCAUUAACAACAACUCCAAUAAAUAGCAGCAUUAGUAGUAGUAACAGUAGUUCGAAUACUCCUUCAUUAAUUAUUUCUACGACAAAAACCAACUUAACUCAUUCGCAUUCGGACAAACACAAACUUUCUGCUCUCAUAUCUAAGGAAACUUCAUUUGUCUCCAAACCACAGCCGACACCAACUCAGUCUUCUGUGAAUAAAGAUCAUUCUGAACAAAAUAUUGAACUAUUUUCUGUACAACAAACACUGCAUCCAGGAGAUUCUAUAUUGAAAUCUGAACAACAGCAACAAAAAACACAAACAGAUUCAUUAACUUCAACCACAACCUCAUCGGUGCCUGCACAAAUAAGUAGCAAUAGUAUAACCAGUGGCCAACAGUCGUUUAAACAAUUCAUGCAAGCAAGUCAAACAAAUCAAAGUCAAAAUCAAACCACUUUAACAACAAAAAUCACAAAGUAUGUACAAGAUGUUAAAAAGGCAGCCGCAGAACAGCAGCAGCAACAACAUCAGAUUUUACAGCAACAUCAUUUACAACAGCAACAGCAGUUGCAACAACAACAACAGCAGCAGCUUCAAAAUCAGCAAAUGUCUGUUAGCCGAUCAUUUAGUAAUGCUUCGGCUAUAAAUAAAGAAAAAAUUGGUGGCAAUGUUAUUCUUAAUACACAUGGCAGUCAACAAAUCGUAAAUACGCCAACGUCGUUAUCAUCUAGUACAUCCAUGAAUUCAAAUCUUAAUGUUAGUCAAGGUCAAAGUCAUCAGCAAUUUGUCGGGACUAUGCAGCAAAACAAAUCCUUUAGUGGUCCAACUGAAGGAAGGCAAGCUGAAAGCAAUAAUCAAACCAAAGUGGUGGAAAAUCAAUCAGCAACAGCUCCAUCAACAAACAUACAACAGACAACACAGCAACAACAACAACAACAGCAACAACAACAGCAGCAACAACAACAGCAACAACAACAGCAGCAACAACAUCAUCUUCAUUCACAACAAAGUCAAAAUCAGAUUAUCAUGCAGCAUAUGCAACAACAACAGCAGCAACAACAUGAUCAAACUAAGCAAAUUGUUAAAAUGGAAGUAGAUGAAAGUUCACAUUUUCAACAACAAAUGCAGCAGGCUCAAUUGCAACAACAACAACAGCAGCAGCAAUCACAAACAUUUAGAGUUGCUACAUCAACAACUUUGCAAAAUACUCUGACUAGUUCUGUGUCGUCAACACCAACAAACUCAGUACCUUCGACACCAACUAAUGAAGGACCAUCUCAUCUAAAUUUAAACAAUAAACAACAGCAAUCGCAACAAGCACAGCAACAUAUGACAACAACCCAUCAACAAGCGCAACAGCAUCAGCAACAAUUAGCACAUACCCAGCAACAAAACAUUGCAGGUUCAUCUCUAUUAAAUGCUGUCACAACCGGUCACACAACAGUAGCAUCAUCUGUUACAGCCCCCAAUUCUGCAUCUAAAGAUGCUGAACGCAAAAAACGUAAACGUGAUCAACAGAAACAACGUAGACAAAUGAUUGGCAAUACCAAAGAUACUGCCACAAAUAGUACACCAGCUUUGGCCAGCACAUCAAAUGCGGCGAAUGCUAAAAAACGUUCUCGUAAAUCGCUGAAGUUGGAGGAGGACUAUGAUGGUUUUAUCGAUAAUCUACUGUCACACAUGCGUCAAAUGCAACCUUUACAAGUGUUGGAACCUCAGCUAAAUGUUAAUUAUGGUGUUUGCAACAUUUAUGGCUGGCGCAAUUUUUCCAGUAAUUCAAAUUCAAAUUCCAACUCGAAUGCAACAUCACCUGUUAAAGAAAGCCGGCAAAAUGAACGAUCCCAUAUGUUCGAACAAGAACUUGAAGGUGAAUAUGGUGCUGCCUAUUUGCCCAACCAAGUGCCUUUUUAUGACUCUAUGAAUUUCAUGGAACUAAAGACAAAAGAUGAAACAAAUUCGUCUACCAUACAAAACAAUUAUUACGAUCAAGAGUUUACGUCGUUCACGUAUAAAACAGAACCAGAAAAAUUGUCCAGUUGGGUAAAAGUAUACAGAGAAAGAGCUGUGGAUGCGCCCGAAGUCGUUAGCAAUAAGUUACUAAUGCCGGUGGACCCAGUGAAAGCGGUGCGCUUGAAUAUGUUGCAACAGGAAACAUUUCCUGGUCUUAUCUUAAUGAGUAGUACUCAACAGAAGUUGGGACGUAUGUCGCCUGUGAUACCGUUUGUUAAUUCGAUGGCUUUAAUAACGAAACGCAAGAAAACACCACUUAAACCUUUAGAAAAUGAUGCUGCUGCAAAUGGUUUAUAUAUAAAAGAUCAUCCAGAUGAUUUAUUAGAUAAUAAAGUGGGCAUUAAAAACAGUCUUAACAAUCAGAAUGUUAUAUUAUCAUUGCCGACCUCCUCGGCUGAACGUUUGUUGGAUGUUUUGAAAAAUCUAGCCAAUCUUUUACAAUUAUCCUCCCCAAUUCCUUAUAAAGUUGUGGACAACAAUGGGGAUGUUGAUGCUGAGUGUGAGUCUAAACAGAAUAAUGUUUCUCUAGCACCUAUCGAUAGGGAGAAGGCCUUAAAACAUCUUUCUAUACAAAAUCUAUUAAAUGGAAAAUAUAAAAUGUGUCGUCAUUGCGGCAAGGCAAUUAAAGGUCGUUGCAUAAAAAAUACCGAUGAUUUAACAAAGACACGUUUCCAUUCUGCCUUAAUGCAGCCCACAAAACCUAGAUAUUUCUGUAAUAAAGAAUGUUAUGUACAGUUCCGUUGGUCGAUUGAAAAGAAAACAUCUUCAUCGGAUCUAAAAUCAGUAUUAGACGUUAAAAAUGUUGAUUCAGCAUUCGAUGCAGCUGUAGAAGCAGCAAAACAAAGUGAUUUGGAUAGACUAGUCGACGAUAAGGAUAGUUUGAAAGAUUUACUGGGUACAAUAGAACAAACAGAUAAAUCUACAUCAGUAACAUCUUCAACAACUACAGCAAACACUAGCAGUACAACAGCAGUGGCAACAACAACGUCAACGGCAGCUUUAGCAGUAAUUAAGGAAGAUAAAUCUGAGGAUAUAGAACCCAAACCGAAGAAAACUCCCUUUCGUUACUUCAAUUCAAAAUGUUUUCAAGCUACAACACCUGUCAAGCGUAUGUCCGAAAAAGAAAUACGCGAUUUAUUAUUUAAAAUGGAUAUAACAAUGUCGGUUACAACACCACAAUGCAAUCUCGCUGAGCCCGGCACCCAUCAUCCAAUCGAGGAUCGACGUCAAUGUGUUUUAUGUAGCCAACUGGGAGAUGGUGUAGUAGAUGGUCCUUCGCGUCUCUUAAAUUUCGAUGUCGACAAAUGGGUGCAUUUAAAUUGUGCCUUAUGGUCGACGGAGGUGUACGAAACCCAAAGCGGUGGUCUGGUUAACUUUCAUUUGGCCCUACAAAAUGGUCUUAAUCAAACAUGCAAUACUUGCCAACAAUUGGGUGCCACAGUUAAAUGUUAUAAGACACGUUGUGGAGCUGUAUUUCAUUUGCCCUGCGCCAUUCGAGAUCAAUGUGUAUUCUAUCAAAAUAAAACCAUACACUGUCAGGCUCAUGCUUCGCGUAACGAUAAAGAUAAGGAGCUAAUAACAUUGUCAGUGCCACGUCGAGUGUUUGUGGAAAGAGAUGAAAAUCGUCAAGUAGCCGCUAUAAUGCAUCAUUCGGAAAUGAUGAAUUUAAUGCGUGUUGGCAGUUUAAUAUUUUUAAAUGUGGGACAAUUGUUGCCGCAUCAGUUGGAAGCAUUUCAUACACCAAAUUAUAUAUAUCCAAUUGGCUAUAAAAUUAUACGUUUCUAUUGGUCCAUGCAUCGUCCCAAUAAACGUUGUCGUUACAUUUGUUCGAUUGCUGAGGCCGGUGGUCGUCCCGAAUUUCGCAUUAUCGUACAGGAACCCACAAAAACUGAUGUAGAAUUACGUGACAUUACACCGAAAGCGGUGUGGCAACGUGUUUUACAGCCAGUGGCUGAAAUGCGUAAAACUCACAACUUGGUGAAAUUGUAUCCUGAGUUUAUAAGCGGUGAAGAUUUAUUCGGUCUAACAGAACCCUCUAUUGUACGAAUUAUUGAAAGUUUACCGGGUGUAGAGACCUUAACAAAUUAUCGCUUUAAAUAUGGCCGCAAUCCUUUAUUAGAUUUACCUUUAGCCUUAAAUCCCUCUGGGGCAGCUCGUACAGAACCAAAGCUUCGACAACUGAUGGGUUGGAAGAAACAUCAUCCGCAAAGAACCUGCAGCAAUGUCAAUUCACUGGGUCACCAAGGCAAUUUGAAUACGGUGGCAGCGGCCGGUGAAGUAUCAUGCCCCUAUAGUAAACAGUUUGUGCAUUCGAAGAGUUCACAGUAUAAGAAAAUGAAACAAGAAUGGCGUAAUAAUGUUUAUUUGGCUCGAUCGAAAAUUCAAGGUUUGGGUUUAUAUGCUGCACGUGAUAUGGAACGUCAUACCAUGAUUAUUGAAUAUAUUGGUGAAGUAAUACGUUCUGAAGUUUCUGAAAUACGUGAAAAACAAUAUGAAGCAAGGAAUCGUGGCAUAUACAUGUUUCGUUUGGAUGAAGAUCGUGUGGUUGAUGCAACAUUAUCUGGUGGUCUGGCACGUUACAUAAAUCACUCGUGCAAUCCAAAUUGUGUUACGGAAAUUGUUGAAGUUGAUCGUGAUUUACGAAUUAUAAUAUUCGCUAAACGUAGAAUAAAUCGUGGUGAAGAGCUUUCUUAUGAUUAUAAAUUUGAUUUGGAAGACGAAGGUAGUAAAAUACCCUGUAUGUGUGGUGCCCCCAAUUGUCGAAAAUGGAUGAAUUAAGAAAAAUAAUUUUAAUUGACUCAUCAAUUUCGUAACAAACGUUUUUUUUAGUUAAUAUUUUGUUUUUUUUUUCUAAUGUUAAGUAUAAAAGUAUAUAAAAUAUAUAUAUAAAUAUAUUAGUUUUAAAGUAAAACACAAUCACGUUAGUGUAUUAAAUAAUAAUAACA